AUGGCUGCACGACGCUCGAGUCGCUUCCUCAAGCCGCUGGCCUACGCAGCCGGCGCCGGUCUGGCUGGCAGUGCAGUGCUGUACACAGUCAUCCGACCGCGCGACAUUCCCGGCACAGAAGCCGCCGCGGUGCCCCCACCGACCUACGGCGAGGGCGGCGUCUUCAACCCGCCCAAGUUCCCCAAUGUGCUGUCGAGAGACGAGCAGAUUGCGAAGCUGAAGGCGAGCGGCGGCAUUGUCGCCCAGGUUGCAGAGAAGGCAAAGCACCUCAUCACAGGGAGCGCAUCGCCACCCCUGCAGAAGCCUGAGCAGGAGGAGUACGAUCUGCUGGUCAUUGGCGGUGGCGCGACCGGUGCUGGAAUCGCGCUGGAUGCUGUCACACGAGGUCUGAAGGUGGCCAUGGUCGAGCGUGACGACUUCAGCAGUGGCACCAGCAGUAAGAGCACAAAGCUGGUGCACGGAGGUGUCAGGUACCUUGAGAAGGCUGUCUGGAACCUGGACUACAACCAGUACGCCCUUGUCGUCGAAGCUCUCCGCGAACGCCGUUACUUUUUGGACACCGCACCGCAUCUGUCGCAAUGGCUCCCCAUCAUGAUCCCCAUCCAAAAGUGGUGGCAAGCGCCCUACUUCUGGGCCGGUACCAAGUUCUAUGACUUUUUGGCCGGCUCGGAGAACAUUGAGAGCUCGUACUACAUGACCAAGAGUAAGGCUCUGGACGCUUUCCCCAUGUUGAAGAAGGAGGGCCUUUUCGGAGCUCUUGUCUACUACGACGGCGCACACAACGAUUCUCGCAUGAACGUCUCACUGGCAAUGACGGCAGCUCUGUACGGCGCAACCGUCGUAAGCCACGUUGAAGUCACCAGCCUGACCAAGGACGCGAACGGCAAAUUGAACGGCGCUGUCGCAAAGGACCGCGUCGCCGAGUUCAACGGCAAGAAGGCCGAGGAGUUCACAAUCAAGGCCAAGGGUAUCAUCAACGCGACUGGUCCUUUCACCGACUCCAUCCGCAAGAUGGAUGACCAGACAGUUCAGGAGAUCGUUGCCCCCAGCUCUGGUGUCCACGUCAUCCUGCCCGGCUACUUCAGCCCCGCCAACAUGGGCUUGAUCGAUCCCAACACCUCCGACGGUCGCGUCAUCUUCUUCCUGCCAUGGCAGGGCAACACAAUCGCUGGUACCACCGACACUGCUUGCGAUGUCAAGCAGAACCCCAUCGCCGGCGAGGAAGAGAUCGAGUGGAUCUUGAAGGAGGUCAAACGCUACCUGCAGCCGGAGAUCAACGUCAGGCGUGGCGAUGUCCUGGCCGCAUGGUCUGGAAUCCGUCCUCUUGUCCGCGACCCUACCAAGGACAAGUCGGAGGGUCUCGUGCGCAAUCACUUGGUGACCAUGUCCGAGUCCGGUUUGCUCACCUGCUCUGGAGGAAAGUGGACAACCUACCGCCAGAUGGCCGAGGAGACCGUCGACGAGGCUAUCAAGGAAUUUGGCCUGAAGGCCGAGGCUCUCACAAGUGCACCUUUGGUUAGUGGAACUCAGGUCAAGGAUGAGGCCCCUCUCGACGGUACCUGCCAGACGCACCGUGUCCGCCUCGUGGGUGCCCACGGUUUCUCCAAGACCCUCUUCAUCAACCUGGUCCAGCAUUACGGCAUCGACACCGAGGUCGCCAAGUACCUCUGCCAGGCCUACGGCGACCGCGCCUGGACCGUUGCCGCCCUCUGUGCGCCCACAGAAACCCGCUUCCCGGUGCGCGGCAAGAAGAUCUCCGAGCUGUACCCCUACGUCGACGGCGAGGUGCGCUACGCUGUGCGCCACGAGUACGCGCAGACCGCUACCGAUGUCAUUGCGCGCCGCAUGCGCCUCGCCUUCCUGAACGCGCAGGCGUCGCUCGAGGCGCUUCCGCAGGUCAUCGACAUCAUGGCUGAGGAGCUCAAGUGGGACACAAAGCGCAAGGACCUCGAGUUCAAGAACGGCGUCGAGUACCUCGGCUCCAUGGGCCUGCCCAAGAACAAGCUUAGCUUGACGCGCAAGGAUGUCGAGAGCGGCAAGGUCGGCAAGUACGCCGACGAGGAGUACCACCUCUACGCGCGCCAUGGUGAGUCUCCCGAUCCCCAGCACUGCGCUGACCUUUUCGAGUUGGGAAUCGCGCUAAACCGUGGAUUUGCAGACAAGCCCGAGGAGCUGCUCCAGAGCGACUCCAAGAUCCAGCCUGGGCAGAACCCUGUUGUUGGUCGCGACUCGCCCGCCAACAAAUAA